ACCGACUAGUGAUCUCUGCAUAUGCUUACCGACAAUGCAUGCAACUUCAUUCCAUCUAAUAGGCCGUAUAGUUGCUGUUUGCUAGGCAGAUCGGUUUAGCGAGUCUUAAUCACGCUCUCUUUACCUCAUAGGUGCUGCCGUUUUGAGGGGUUGGAACUCCGCCUCUUUUGUUAUCAUGAUUUAGUCUAGGACCCCGCUGGCUGCCUACAUGGUUGUCUCACUUGAUUGGAUGGUUUCUCAGCCCUAUAGGCAUAUCUUGGUCUUGGGCUGCAUGUGUGAGUCCAGCCUCUGACUACAUAUGCCGGGCAGGCAACUAGUCCGCGCGAUUGCCUCGCCAAUGGCUGUGAUUGUGACACGAAGCUCCCACCAGCUAUAUGGUUGAAUGGGCUGAGCUAUAAGAUGACCGUGGGUGUCUUCCAUCUAUUCGUAUAGAUUCCUGUUCUCCAACUUUCCUUCUCCAACCAUUCUUCCAUCUUAACUUCGACUCUUCAUCACACACAUUGAAUCUUGUUUCAAGUUCACUCCUUUUCUAGUAACAUUCUCGUCAAUAUGGAUGACACCAGCUCCACUGCUAGUUUUGAAGAGAUUAGCCCCUCUAACAAACCCUUCGGGCAAGGCUCUGGGUUUAAUGACGAGGACAAGAAUAUCCAGAAAUUGAGAGCUCUCGUUGAAAAGUCAGCCAUCGAUGACAGUGCGGCUAGUGAGCUUGCUGAAGAUGAAGUCCCGGACGUCUGCUAUGUUCUCCAGUACAAGGGAUGGGGUGGUAAGGUUAUUGAUGUGCGUCGUAGUCACGAGCCCAUCAAUGUUCAGCUGGAUGACAUGAAUGAAGAGGUUCCAAGUUUGAAGAAGAAGCCAGUCCUCGAAAUCGUCACCAAAGUCUCAACUACUGUUAUCCAAAAUAUACGACCGGCCGGCCGGCGCCUUCCGCCUCCACAUCAUGUCAGAUGGAAUCAUAGAUAUGAUUAUAAUGAAUAUGAUGACUUCUCCCGUCCAGGGGGGCCUAUGCCGAGAGGCAUCGAUGAAUCUGGGGUGAAGAUUGCCAAGGUAGAAACCACAUGCAUGGUAAUCAACUCGAUUCACCUCAUCAAUGCCCUCAAGGCCGUGGUUGGAUACUAUCCUUCGGUGUCUUUCCUCGGGGAGACCGUUACGAUCAACGCUCCAUAUUACGUGCUAGUCCAUCACAGGGAAGCUCUCGCUCGCCACAAAGUCAAGCAGCGAAAGGUCCACGGCGAGGAGUAUGCGUCUACGACUGCCAAGCACAUCGACAUACUUCUCAACUUCCUCGAGAAGACCCUUGGCGACCGGAUCCGCGAAGAAGAGAAACGACACAACUGCGACAUUCCACUGGCUACUUUUGAUAACCUCGGAUUUAUCUUCGAGCCUGGCGAAGUCAUAUACGCUAAGAAGGAUUACAAGUGGACUCCUUUCGUACUCGCAAGUUUUGGCGAGGGCUAUACCAACUCCCAAGGGGCUACCACCCCGCAUCAUAUCGUCUGCUGGAAUAUCUCAUAUUCUGCUGAGAGGCUCUGCCGCACAAUGCAUUCGUUCUCCCUUGAUCCCUUUACCGGAGAGGAGGCUAUUUCAAACCUGUCAGUCAUACCAGCCCGUUUCUUCAGAGGUGAAAAUGGCGACAUGGAUCCCAUGGAGGUUGAAGAAAAGCAGAUUGAACUUGGUAAGAUGGUCUGGAAACUUUCCCAAGGGCCGAGUUACAUGUCUCACGAUGGUAGCUUGGCCGAAAGGGACCCUGAGUUCAAUUGGUCCUAUCCCGUCAGUGCAAGUGGUUACAUGAGCGGCCGUGUCAUCGUCGACCUGGCCGGAUUCUCGCGGUAUUCUCUCGAUUGUCCUGGAGGAAACCGUCAACGAGCACGCUCUCCACCGCCGUCUAAUCGACCUCCGAUAGUCAAGGAUAACCUACCUUACCUCGCUCCUUGCUGUGGCUGCAGCACCUGCAGCAAGGCAAACAGAGGAAAAUUCUGUAGCCAUUUCGCGGAGUUCGAAGAUCUUGAUCCGACGUCCCAUGCAGCGCCAACAGAGGACCUCUACUACAUCGUCCUGAACAAAGUAGUCUCCGGCUUCAUCCUCGGCGAACGGCGCUGGGGCCACUUCAACGUCGAGCAUCUGCAAGAAGUCCAAUUCGACAAGGACGCCUUCAAGUAUCUCGUGCUCGACAGCGAGAUCAAGCUCACGGUCCGAUCCCUCAUCGGCAAGUUCGCCAGCGCAAACGGCCAGGUGACCCCGUGGCCGAACGACUUCGUCCAGAACAAGGGCCAGGGGCGGAUCUUCCUGCUCCACGGCAGCCCCGGCGUCGGCAAGACGUGCACGGCGGAGUGCGUGGCGGAGCUGACGCACCGGCCGCUCCUCGCGCUCACGAGCGGCGACCUGAGCACGAACUCGUACCAGGUGGAGAAGAACCUGGAGUACUUCCUGCAGCUGGGCGAGCGGUUCGGGGCGAUGGUGCUCCUGGACGAGGCGGACGUGUACCUGGAGGCGCGGCGGGCGAAAGACAUCGCGCGCAACGGGCUCGUGUCGAUCUUCCUGCGCGCGCUCGAGUACUACCGCGGCGUGCUGUUCCUGACGACGAACCGGGUGCAGACGUUCGACUCGGCCUUCACGUCGCGCAUCCACGUCGCGCUGCACUACAGGUCGCUGACCGACGCCGACCGCGAGAAGAUCUGGGUCAACAGCUUCGAGAGGCUCGAGCGCGACAGCGCCGGAAAGGUGCACGUCGGCGUCGCCACGCGCGAGUACGCGUACGAGAGCCGCGACGUGAGGAGCUUGCGCUGGAACGGCCGCGAGAUCCGCAACGCGCUGCAGACCGCCGUCGCGCUGGCCGAGACGGAGGCCCUCGAGGAUGGGAAUGAGAAGGUGACUGUGACCGACAAGCAUCUCAGGGCCGUGGUCAAGAUGAGCCGCGGCUUCAAGAACUUCCUGCGUAGCCAGAGGCUGAAGGGCGAUGCCGAGGUUGAGGAUGAUGACGAUGAGAAUGAAGAGGAGAUUGAUGUUGGAAGUUCGUCCGAUGUGUACGACUAGAGGUCGCAGAUCAUGCGCUAUUACAUGGCUCCUAUCCCCAAGGCAGUGAGACUACGAAAGGGAAACUAAGGUGUAUUAGUUAUUAGUUAUUAGUUAUCGGUUGUAGGCGAUAUGAAUUCACGACAUCUAACUUUAUGUUUUUAAACUAUAGGCAGCCCAGUACAUCAUGUUUCGUAUAUUUGACGUGAAGAGUACUUAUGUGCUUACCGAUUUUGAAUUUC